AUUUUAUCACCAUUAUUCUGCGCGCUCCGUAACCACGAUGGAUUCUCUCGCCGGCGGCGACGCGUCUAUCGCGCGACCCAAGCAGCGCAGCGACAGUAUUUCGCAAAAGUCGGAUGACUCGCAGACUGCGGCAGACUUUAUCCGAGACCAAAUGCAGCUCGAGGCCGAUGCCCGCGAGGCCCUGCCAUAUAGCAUUGAGCACUGCACGAAGCCCCUCGGCCCGCUCCGACAGAGCGUCUUCGCUUGUCUGACCUGCAAUCCCCCGCCUCCAAAUCCCAAUGGCCCCUACAAUGCCGCCGGUGUCUGCUAUGCCUGCUCAGUCCAAUGCCACGGCGAGCACACCCUCGUCGAGAUCUUUAACAAGCGCAACUUUACCUGCGACUGCGGCACCACGCGUUUCUCCAAGCCCAGUCCCUGCAAUCUGCGCAUCAAUCCCGAGACGAACAUGAAAGGCGGCGUCCACUCGGAGGAGCCGAACCCAAACAACAAGUACAACCAGAACUUUCGAAACCGCUUCUGCGGCUGCGAGUGCGACUACGAUCCGUUUGAGCAGAAGGGCACCAUGUUCCAGUGCCUAGGGCUGGGCACGCAUGAGACGGGCGGCUGUGGCGAAGACUGGUGGCACCCCGGCUGUAUCGUCGGCUUGGGCCCAAAGUGGUUCGAGAAUAUGGCGGCGGACAAGAUCAAGAAGGAGGUCAAGGACGCCAAGAUAAAUAGCUCGCUGCCAACCGUGACAGAGGAUCCAGAGGGAACAGAGCUGGACGGCAAUGAUGCAGCUGAGGAGGCAGAGGACGACGAUGAUCCCCCGCCUCCACCGGGCUUUCCAGCCGAAGACGAGUUUGAGACUUUUCUCUGUUACAAGUGUGUCGAGGCUUAUCCUUGGAUUAAGCGAUACGCCGGGACCCCGGGUUUUCUGCCACCCGUCUUUUUCAAGCAAGCGGACACGGCCCAGGAGCCAAGCUCAGGGGCGGUUCCUGUUGAACGAGAAUUCAGCAGCGACCACUCAAAGAAGCGCAAAGCCGAGGACGAUAACGACGACGACGCCCACUCCCAGACCUCAAAGCGCCAACGGAAUGAUUCCAGGUUCGCCAACCUCCCAGACAGCUCCACCACCACCGUCCCAACCGCCGCCACCGACCCCUCGCCCUCCCAAGACCAAGAACCAAACACCAUCACCACCACCACCUGCAAACUCACCACCCUUCCCCCACCAACCCCACAAGGACAAACCCACCCGUUCUCCCUCUUCCUUAAAGCCGACUUCCGCACCCACCUCUGCCACUGCCCUACCUGCUUCCCUCUCCUGAUCCCUCACCCGCAACUCCUCGAAGAGGAAGAAACCUACGAGCCGCCCUUGUCCGAACCCUCCUCUCAAAACGGCGACUCAGCCUCCGGCAGUGGCGGCAGCCUGUACGACCGGGGCGAGUCGGCGCUGCGGCAGGUCGACCGCGUGCGCGCCAUCGAGGGCGUCAUGGCUUACCAGCACCUGAAGGACAAGCUGAUGCCGUUUUUCCAGCAGUUUGCUGAGAGCAAGCAGGUUAUUAGCGCCGAGGAUGUGAAAGCGUAUUUUGCAAAGUUGAGGGGGGAUGAGGAGGCGAUUAGGGAGGCUGGGGAGAGGGCUGGGCGGGAGGGUGGUGAGGGUGGUGAGGGUGGGGAUCAUAGGAGGGAGGAGAGUGGGUAUUAG